CUUCUUCUCGCGAAGCCUGACGUACUCUCGCCCUCGGGGCCGGACGCGUCGCCCUAGACACUGGGAGGGGCGAGGGGAGGGGCGGGAGCACCACUUCCGGAGGACGUGACGUAAGGAGAGGAAGGCCCGGACCUGUUAAAUUGGAGCUGUCUUUACUGGCCUUCUUUUAAGAUGUCAUCCCUUUCAGAAUAUGCUGUGCGAAUGGCUCGCCUGAGUGCUCGAAUAUUUGGAGAAGUUGCCAGCCCCACCGAUUCCAAGUCCAUUAAAGUGGUGAAGAUGUUUAGUGAACAGCCUUUGGCCAAAAGGAAGGAGACUUUGACCUGGUAUCCCCCUCACAAUACCUAUUUUUUUCUCAUGAGGAAACUUCGUUUCUUUGGUCUUUACAGAGAUGAACAUGAAGAUUUUAAGGAAGAGCAGAGGCGAUUAAAGAAGCUUCGUGGAAAAGGCAGACCAAACAAAGGAGAAGGGAAAAGAUCAGCAAAGAAAUAGUAUUGGACCAAUCAAUGACUGAGAUGAGAAAGAAGUACACCUACUUGUUAUAUUUCCCCUUCCAAUAAUAAUAUAGCUUUUCUAAAUUGAUGGUUAUUGGUUCAAGAAUCAUCCCAUGUACCCUAAUGAAGGCAAAUUAUAUUGAAUUAGGAUUGCAUUCUUGGACGUAUUUUGGGCCCUAAAAGUUAUUUUGGUCUUGACAAUUUUGUGUAUGUCACCUAUUGUAAUCUCAAAUUAUUGAUAUGUAAGUAUUUGCUAAUUUUCUAGCAAAAAAAAAUCCUCAGUAAAUUAGCAUCCUGUGGUUUCUUUUACCUAACUUGCCACUA